AUGUCUCGUUUCUCGGCGUACUUGAACAGAAGCAGUAAACUCCUUCGGGACAACACGUCAAGUAUCCUACGGAUGUCGGGAGCGGAUGAGCCCAUCCGCACACCCGUCACGCUCUUCAACUUUAACUCCCACGAAGAUAUACAGCAGUUCGCGACUGGGUGCGACGCAGACGUCGGCGGAACGUCUACCGUCAACCUCGCGCUGGACGAGUCCACCGGGUCGCCUUCCGCGUCGAACGAGAAGCUCGCGGAGUUGCGCAGGCCGACGGCGAAGUUCUGGGGCGAGAUGCGGCUCAAUGUACGACAUGGGCUUGAGGGGCGGAUCCGCGGCGGGUACGCGGGCUUCAGGAGUAAGGCACGCACCUACCUGCAUCCUAGGACAUCGUUGUUUGGGGAGAUUACGAACGACGUGUCAUUACACAAGUACCUCGGACUGCGCGUGCGCGGCGCCGGGCACCCGCGCACGCGGAACUCGUACUAUGUGAACAUCCAGACGGACGGACCCAUCACAACCGACCUCUGGCAACAUAGGCUGUACUUCCGACGAGACGACGGCGGGUGGGAGGAUAUCUUCAUCCCCUUCGACGCCUUCGUCCUGACGAACGUCGGCGAGGUGUCUUACGAGCAGAUGGAGAUGUUCCGUGAGCGCGUGCGCACCGUCGGUAUCUCGCUCCUCGGUGGGAACAGCGGUGUCGAGGGACCGUACGAACUCGGCAUCGAUUCCAUCUUCGCGGUGAACGAGGAGGACGUUCCGCCAUACGCGGCACCUAAACACGAGUCCUCGGAUGGGACGCGAUGGGAGAGGCCUGCUAUCUGAGAAUGGCAUUCCAAAGUGUAAUGGUUUUUACUGCAUGCUUCCGGGUUUGCAGCAUAGGCCUAGCGGAAAUCACGAUUGCAUUCGUCCAGUAGUGAAUAUUGCGAGUGCAUUUGUGUAUCCUUACCUUUGCUCAGUCAGUGCCAAUGCGCUGAGCUAAUAUACUAGUAAGUCACACCUAUCACUUCAAUGCAGACGCGACCACUUCAC